AUGAGGGUUUACGCUCUCUUCUCCGCGCUUUGCGCGGCGACCCUCGCCAGCGCCGAGCUCGCCAAGGUCUACAUCCAACCCAUCACAGCCUCGUCCGAGAACCAAGCACCCACUUUUCUCGCCGAUGUCCAAUAUCACUUGGCGGAUACCUCUGUCUCGGAGGUUGUGAAUUACGAGUUUCCCGAGAUCCCAGAAGACGCGGAAAACGUUCGCGUCGGCCUUUACGACAGCGCCGCUCAGGCCUGGACAUCCUCUUCCUCGCUUCAGUCGAUAACUUUAGCAAAGGUUACGCGCCGACCCUCCUCCUCUCCGUCGACCAGGCAGGCCGCGCCAUCGGCGUAG